AUGGCAAUUUGUCGUUUCGUUUCUUUCGCUGCCUGCAUCUCGUAUGUUCUCGGUGCAUGCUCUUCCAUCGAGGUUCGCAAGGAAUGGCGCUCUUUCACCACAGAUGAGCAGACUGCUUGGAUCGAUGCUGUCAAGUGCAUGGCCGAGCUUCCUCACAAUAGCUCGCUAGUAGCAACCGUGGGAGAAUUUGCCGCAAUUGCGAAAAUCACAUCGAAUAGUUCUUACUACGAUGAUUAUACAUACGUGCAUUCGGAUCUCAACCCAACCAUUCACUUCACUGGUCUUUUCUUUCCAUUUCAUCGCUAUUUUGUCUGGUCCUACACCCAAGCACUGAAGAACGAUUGCGGAUAUACGGGCGUAGCACCUUACUGGAAUUGGACGAUUGACGCCGCCAACGUCAAAGACAGCACAAUCUGGUCCGACGACGCCUCAUCAGGUCUUGGUCAACCCGUCGGCAUCGCCUCCAACGACUUCGUAGUCGGCACCGGCGGCUUCUCCUCCAACUUCACCCUCGCAUACCCCACUACACACGGUCUCCGCCGAAACUUCACUCUAGUGCCCUACAGCGCGGACGCCGGCUCUUCAUUCUUUCCCGACCCAGACAUCGACGCCAAUGCCACAUUCACGCCCGCGAAGAUCAAUGCCCUGAUCGCGAACUAUACAGGCGAUUUCAAGGGCUUCCAGAAAUAUAUGGAAGGAUUUGAGGGUCCGCAUGGUUCCGUGCACGAGAUUCUAGGAGGGGAUUUGGCGGGCUAUUGUCCUGAGGAUGCGAACGAGGCAUGUUUCGAUGACGAACCGAGUCCUACUUUUAGUGCUAAUGAGCCGAUGUUCUGGAUGCACCAUGCUAUGGUCGAUAGAGUUUGGUGGCUUUGGCAGAAUCACCACCCGAAUAAUACUUAUGCGUUCGAAGGCGGGAGCGUGCAGAAUUUCACGGACUAUGAUCAGUUUCCGAACGGAGGUCCGCCUUGGUUGAGUAUGGAUAGUAUUUUGCCAACUGAUGGGAUUUUGAUGCCGGCCGAGACAACGCUGGAAGAUAUUUGGAUCACGGAGGGUGACCUCCUUUGUUAUACUUAUGAUGAUGCCUAG